AUGACAUUGGCUGAAAGAAAAUAUAGGUUUCCAUGGGUUGAGCUGCAGUUGAACACAUUUUUUAGCCCGAAGUCUAAAAUCAAGCGCCGGGAUCGGGAUGCCUUCGAGCGAAAGCUACAGAAUCUUAGCAACGAGGUCGAAAUUCCACUACUGUCGGACGUGUACGACGAUAUUCAUGAGAUGAACAUACCCGAGCCAGAGGACGAAAUAGUUUCAGAAAAACUCCUGAAAUGGGCCAUGUCUUGCGCAAGACCAUUGGGCAUCGAGAUGCUGGUCAAAGCCGCGUCUAUUGAUUUUGAUGUUAAUUUCGACGAGGAGGAUGAUGCAGACUACAUUUUGGACAUUUGUAGCGAACUUAUCGUUGUAGAUCACAGUCAGCUGGUUCAAUUUGCGCAUCUUUCGGUCCAAGAAUACCUAGUGAAUGAAAUCAAGCUCGGGUAUAGCACUGUCGAUGCCCACAAGCACAGCUCUAAAUUUGAGACUGGAGAUGCGCUACUCAUUUAUGCGGCACUUUAUCCCCCGCUGCCUUGCACAUGGGCUCGCCAAACUAAGAAGAUCGAAGGCUUGCAAGGCCUUUGGGACAGACUACUAGCUACACGAAAAGGCCUUUCUGACAUGCUUGGAGAUAUGGUCCAAAGUUUUGUCGAAAUUGGAAGGCAGCGAGUACUACACAUGAAGGAGAAGAAUGCUCCAGAGCUUGAGUCCAUCAAAGUCUCCAAUCUUCAUGGCAUGUGUGUGGAGUUUCCAGGCACCGUGCAAGCCGCAAUAUCUGAUGGCCUCGACUUGAAUGAAAGAGAUGAUGAAGGAGACACUGCUCUCGCUGUGGACUGUGAGCUCGAUAACAUCGGGACAGCCAAGUUACUACUCGAAGCUGGAGCAAAUCCCAACGCAGUUGGAAGGCGAGAUGGCUAUACUUCAUUGCACCAUGGAUGCAAUCGCUUUGACAUGCUGAAACUCUUUAUCGAUUACGGAGCAGAUGUGACAAGAACAAUCCAGGGCCCUAUCAAUUUUGGUCAGACUGUAUUGCAUCGAUCGUCGUUUUCGGACCACGGAGAGAAAUUACGGUAUCUCUUGGAGCAUGUAUCAGAUACCAACCAAAAAGGGGGCCAGAGGAAGAACGACUUUGCAUUAUACAGCUGUAGCAGGGUGUACGGAGAACACGAAAGUGCUUCUCAUGGAGUUGACAUUGAGAUUAAAAACAACGAUGACGAAACGGCCCCGCAACAAGCAGCAAAGAGUGGACGGGAAGUCAGAGUAAAGAUAGUGGAAACCUUGAGGCUGAAAAGUGGCUUCGGCAAGCUCAAUUUCACACUGCAAUCUGUGAAGGGAAGGAAGAACUGGUGA